AUGAGUAACACACCCAACAAGUCGGCUUUGCAGAGCCGUGCGCCUAUGCCAGCGUUCGGCACUUUUGGCGUGCACCAAGCAUCAGCCUCUCUGUUGCUCGAGAAAUCAAAUCCUGGUCUACGCAGAUCCACCCCCGACUCAGAAGCGCUCGCCUCAUCCGAUGAUGAAGUCGAUCAUGCCAAAGCAUCCAUUACAAAUAAUGUUAAGCCAGGGAGAAGUGUACGCCGAACCUCGUGGCUCAAUGAUACUUCUUCGGCCAAUGCCAACCGAAAGUCUUCUAUCCCCGGACCUUACAGUCCAUCAGGAUCCCACCCAGGUACUCCGGGUACUGAGGCAUCUCCCUGGACUAACGUAAAUACCUCAAACCCAGCAGGCUGGCCCGGCGCUCCUCCUUCUUACACUGGAUGGUCGAACAUCUGGAGCCAAGACACCCGCAAGGACCCGCCAGCUCGAUUGCAAGAGGUUCUACCAACCAAUAGCGAUGCUGGCAUCCCUUUUUCAAUCCCUCUGCAACCAACCCCUAAAACCUAUCGUUCUCAAUCAUAUUCAGUGGGCCAGCUCGAUACCACCUCGGCGCCUUCUGCCAAUCCGGUUUCAACGUCCUCAGAAGCCACUCGUGCAAGGUUAGGCUCAGGGUAUCCUCCUCCCACACUACAGCGCAGGACAUCGAGGACCAGUGGUCUGAGUGUCAUCGAUUCAGGAGGCCUUGGCAGGUUGAGGGAAGAUGAUGGCGAGGAAGACCUGCGCCAGCCUCAAGAUUCAUUCACCACAGAACAAGCAAGAAUGAUUGAGAUCUUGGAGAAGGAGAAUGCUCAGCUUCGCCAUGCCGCGCAAACCCGUGACCGCACGCUGUCAGCGACAGCAGCUACCUCUCAACUCCCAAUAUCAGGAUUCCGUAAUUCCAGACUCCGAGCACCCGUUCCGGAAGAGACAGAGACCGCUAUUGACGAUCGAGAUGACCUUGCAUCCUUGGGUGCAUACGCCGAUCGCGACAUCAACGCCCGACGCAUGAGUGAGCAGACUGGGACUUAUAUUGACAGACAGUCGAUUUCGCCAGUUGACGGACGGCCCUUCGAAGGACACAAGAAAGCCCAAUGGCAAACAUCUCUCGGCUUUGGCCCCAUCCCAGAGGCUCCCCAGAGCCGCCGACAUUCGUUUGCAGAUGUUCCCACGCGACAGGGAUCAUUCAGCUCCACUGGUGAGACAAUUUUGUGGCCCCUGUUGGAGGAAGAAGUAACUGAUUUUUCAGGACGCGAGGACGAAAUGACAGCAUAUGAAAGUGGUUCCCAGGCAGUUUCCCAGGGAGAUGAUCGUGAGUUGGCCCUUUAUAACCUGUAUCCCAGUGAAGCCCAGUUGAGAAUCAUGUACUUACGUAACCGCAAACGUGCAGCAGCAUAUUUCAAUACCACGGAAUCCACCCGUCGUGCCGCUGAUGCACGUGUGCAUCAAUCACAUCGAGAACCCCAUGCUUAUGGCCAGCAUUUAUCCAUCGCCCCAUUUCUCGAGCCGGCCAGUCAACCUCUUUUCAUCGUCAAUUUCAAAUGUUGUCGCUCCGAGGUGUUUUAUAUCCAAGAAGGCACUGGAUUGCAUGUCAGCGUUGGAGAUCUAGUUAUUGUCGAAGCAGAUCGUGGAACUGACCUAGGCACGGUUCAGCAUACCAAUGUCUCCUGGGAAGAUGCCCGACGCUACAAGGAAUACUACGCAGAGGAACAUUAUAAAUGGUUGAUGAUGUUCUCGAUGCAAAGCCGGAAUGGAGGUCCCAAUGUGGUUAAUCCCAAUGGAAUGCCAGGACGACAGGGCAGUGCAGUGGGUGGUAUGGGUCCUCAAGGACAUCACGGCCCUCAUGAUGCUUCCCAUCCAGAUCUCAAGCCCAAGAUGAUUAAGAGACUCGCCCAGAACCAUGAGAUCCAAGCCUUGAAAGACAAAGAAGGCAACGAAGCAAAAGCGAAGCGAGUUUGCCAACAAAAGGUGAUAGAUCACAGGCUUAAUAUGGAAAUUCUUGACGCUGAAUUUCAGAUGGAUAGCAAAAAGCUCACCUUCUACUACUUUGCCGAUAAUUACAUCAAUUUCAAUCACCUCGUCACCGACCUCUUCAAAAUAUACAAGACUCGAAUUUGGAUGUCUGCCAUCAACCCAGCCUCGUUCCAGACUCCGACCGCCUCUCUCGGUCUAACUCCUGCAUAUAGUACACCACCUGGAGAUGAGCGCCAUCGUCGACGACAACAGCCGGCGACCCAUAACCUCGGUCCGCAAGCCGUCACAACUCCAUUCGGAGACACUUUUGAUGCGGACCGGACAUUCAAUGGUCAAAAUUCAGGACUAAGAUCUCCUUACUUUGGCCAAUUUUCAGACGUUGGGGCAGGUCCUCAACAACUUCAACCAGGCAUGGGAGCAUUUAAUCCAAACAUUCCUAGUCAGAUGGAUCCCUUUGUGCCAUAUUAUGGCCAACCUUACCCAACUCUCAAUCCCAAUGCCCCCAAUUUCGCUAGCAACCGACACGACUUCAGGUCAAGGGGACCUAACCAGCCAGGUGAUGUCAAUUGGAUGGGUCGAUUCCAAGGUCUUUCGCUUGGUUCCUAA